AUGCAGGACACGAAGAGAUUGCAGGAGUUCAUGGAGCUGGUCGGCAGGUUGAAGCACAUGAAAAGGACAGGAUGGGUAAAACGGAAUAUACCUGAUCCUGAAACAAUUGCGGGACAUAUGUAUCGAAUGGCGAUGUUAUCAUUUUUGGUGGAUGGAAAAGAAAAUUUAGACAAAACCAAAAUAAUGCAGAUGACGUUAAUUCAUGAUUUGGCCGAGUGUAUUGUGGGAGACAUAACACCUUACUGUGGCAUACCACCGGAUGAAAAACAUAGAAUGGAAGAUGAAGCUAUGGAGGAGAUUUGCAAGCUGCUAGGUGAUAAGGGACCUGAGAUACUACAAAUAUUUCGUGAAUAUGAAAAACAGGAAUCUCCUGAAGCACUGUACGUAAAAGACUUAGAUAGACUAGACUUGCUGAUGCAAGCGUACGAGUACGAGAAAAGGGAUAACAUUCCGGGAGAACUGGAUGAGUUCUUCGUCGCGAUUAAUGGCAAGAUCAGACAUCCUUUUAUUAAUAAAAUCGCCGUUGACAUAACCGAAGAGAGAGACAAGUUGUGUCGCAAUAUCAAUAUCUCAAAAUAGCAUAAGUAAUAAUUUAAUGACGAAAACCUGGAAAAAUAAGGUUGUAGAUAGCUCAAAUGAUAUUUUAAGCGUUAAUCCGGUUACCAUAUCGUGCAGUAUGAAACAACGGCUAUUAAUAUUAAACGUAAUUUUAAUACAUAAGAUUUUGAUAUAGGUAGUAUAAAAUAAGCAUCUAAAAUUCUGUCAUUUAUGAUUUAAGUUAUUUGAUCGUUCGUUGCGCUGAGAACUGAUCAUAUAGGUAAGAAAUUUAUGAGUUUAAAAUUUUGGAUGUCUUUCUACAUACCAAAUUAAUAGUUUUCUUUUAAUUAUUUUCUUAUUUAAAGUAUUGUGGAGUGUAAAAUAUAAACGUAUAUUUUACAUAUCUCAUUUAUGUUUAUUUUAACGUAGUCAAUUUUUGAUGCAGUAAAGUGUUUACCAAAUAUUACUUUUUAAACGUUACAUACAUUUCACAAAGAGAAGAAAGUUUAUCUUUAGAUAUUUCUUAUAGGAAUGGAUAUUAGUUUAAGCACUUUUAUGUGCGGUUUAAUUAACGGCAACGAAGAAAUAUGUAUAAUCACUGCCUUUUUAUUUAAAAAAAUGUAUGUAAGCGAUUUUUCAGUCCUGUCAAUUUGUUGACAAUUCAUUUUGUGUUGACAUUUCACUUUUGUGUUGCUUUAAUGUGAUUAGUUAUUUUUUGAAAUUCUCAUCAUUUUGUUCAUGAAUGUAAUAAUGCGUUUUAAUAUAUGUUUCAUGCAAAACAA